AUGAGUGAACGAUGUGAUGAACGUAAUUAUUGUGAAGGUAAUCCGUGCCUCAAUGGUGGUAUUUGUCUCUCAACUUCUGAUGGUUACCGCUGCAAAUGUUUUGAAGGUUUCCGUGGGAAUAAAUGUGAACUUGACGUGAACGAAUGCCACUUAAAUCCAUGCUUACGUGGUAAAUGUAUCAACGAGUUCGGUUCAUAUCGAUGCGAAUGUCCGCAAAGUUUUUCUGGUCGCAACUGCGAAGUAUUCUCGAUCGCAAGAAAUGAUCCGUGUUCCACGUUACCUUGCCAGAAUAACGCGAAAUGCUACGCUUACCGUGACCGAUUGUACUCCUGUGAAUGUCGUCCUGGUUUUACUGGAAGACACUGUGAAGUUAAUAUCGAUGAUUGUUCGGUAAACGCUUGCAUGAAUGGUGGAACAUGCGUGGAACGUGAACAAGGCCACGAAUGCAAAUGUCCGCCAUUUUAUACUGGUUUGUUAAUUUUUAUAUUUGCUUAUGAUAUUUGAUA